AUGGCAAACAAGCAGUUACCCGCAGAUUUGGAAAGCUUUGUAAGCAAUGAAGUCGCUUCACUUUGUGAUGCUGAUCCUCUUGUGUUGGCGCAGUACAUCAUUGCUCUCAUUGGCACUGGCGAACGCAAUGAUGCUCUCAAAACAAGUCUUGAAAGCAAGCUGAAUGAGUUCUUUGACGAUCAAACAAUCCCUUUUAUUGAUCGCUUGUUUGCAAAGAUGAAUGAAGGCAACCCCACUGAUAGCUCUGAUGCUGCUGCUGCUGCUGCUGCUGCUGCUGCUGCUGCUACUACUGCUGCUGCUCCUUUGUCUUCUUCCACAUCCAACACCAAUAAAGAACGUUUCACUGAUUUCUCAGAUGAUGAAGAUGACGGUGAUCGCAACUUUAAGCAUAGACGCCAACGAUCCCACUCGCCUGAAGAACAAAGUCGUUCCUACAACAAGCGUCGCUACGAUGAUGAUAAUGGCAGCUCCGCUAACUCAAAGUAUCAACGCUAUGAUGACAGAAGAUCUGACAAUUCAUCUGGAGGUUACAGCUCAUCCAUGUAUGAACAGCGAGGUGGUCGAGGUGGUAGAGGAGGCAUGCGUGGCCGCGGUGGAUCAAGCAUGAGCCGUGGACAAAACAAGCCUCAGUGUAGAGACUACAAUGAAAAGGGGUUCUGUAUGAGAGGCGAUAUGUGUCCCUUUGACCAUGGCAUGGAUAGAAUCAUUGUGGAGGAGGGUGCGAAUGGACCUUUCCCUGGAGGACCUUUCCCCAACAACGGUAUGCCUCCCAUGGGUCGUGGCGGACCUGGACAGCCUCCCUUCUUUGGCAUGCCCGGUGUGCCUGAUGCCUAUGAUCCCGAAAGAGCUGGAUUGGUAGGUGGUCCUGAUAUGGGCGCUGCUGCUUUUGGUGGUAUGAUGCCUCCUCCCAACGGCCCUGAUAUGAUGAACAUGAUGCGUGGCGGAAUGCGUGGUGGACGCGGUCGUGGUGGACGUGGACGUGGAGGAAAUCAUGGAGGUUAUCAGCGCCAUCAGCUUCAAAACAUGAACCCCCUCAACACCACAUUGAAUGUGGAAAAGAUUCCUGUCGAGUUCUGUCAAAUCUCCACCGUCAAUGACUUUUUCGCUAAAUUCGGUACCAUCACCAACAUCAGCGUUCAACCUCAGGCUCAAAAAGCCAUUAUUCAAUACAGUACGCGUGCUGAAGCUGAGGCAGCAUACAACUCUCCCGACGCCAUCUUUGAUAACCGUUUUGUCAAAGUGUAUUGGUCAAAAGAAGAUCCUACUGCACCCUUCAAUGCUGACAAGCCCAAUGCUGCUGCUGGCCCUCAAGCGGCUGUCAUUGCUCCCAAGGUCAAUGAACCUGAUCCAGAGUUGGUAGCUGCCCGUGCUGCAGAAAUUGCAAAAAUCAGAGAAGAAAAGCAAAAGAAGCAUCAAGAACAAAUGAAGCACAUUUUGGAGAUCCAAAAGAAGCGAGAAACUCAAUUGCAGCAACAAAUUGAUGAGCAAAAGAGAUUAUUAGCCAAGCUCACCAACAGUGCCAGCAUGACUCAAACUGAAAAGGCUGAACUUUUAAAGGCCCUUAAGAAUAUUCAAAGUGAUAUCGAUACCUCCAAGAAUGCUGCUGCAAAUGAAGCUGCUCAAGCCAAAGCAGUUGCUUCUACUAGUACUGAACAACCAGGCGCUGCUGCUGCUGCUGCUGCUGAUGUGAAACAAGGUGGAGAAACCACGGAAGAUUUGAAAAAGAAACUUGCUCGUCUAGAGGCUGAAGCAGCUAACCUUGGUAUUCAUGGUUCCGGGUUCCGUGGUGGCAGAGGUGGAUAUUACGGCGGUAGGGGCCGCGGUGGUAGUAGCUGGGCUCGCGGUGGUGGUCGUGGUGGCGCUGUGGCUCCCAGAACCAUGAGUCUGGAUAACAGACCUACCAAGAUUGCCGUCAAGGAUAUUCCAGAGUCUACCAAUGAUGCCGAAUUACGCCAGCAUUUCCAGCAAUUUGGUAAUGUUACUUUAUUCGAACAAAAAGAUAGGGAAGCGCUUGUUCAGUAUGCUCAGAGAUUUGAAGCUGAAAAGGCCAUGGCAGCAGGAUCUCACUUUCCCAAAGGCGCCCUUCAACUAGACUGGUUCAACCAACAAACAACAGAGGGAUAA